AUGGCUGAUUAAAAAGAAUUAAAAACUGAUUCUUUAUUUGAUAAUUUGCGAAAAUUAAUUAAUAUUGUCGAUGAAUUAAGAGAUUGUGGUCUUUAGUAAUAUAUAUAGCUUCCUAGAAUAGCAGUUGUAGGAUCGUAAUCAUCCGGAAAAUCAUCAUUGUUAGAAAAUGUAGUUGGACUAGAUUUUUUGCCUAGAGGAUCUGGUGUUGUAACAAGAAGACCUUUAGAAUUAAGAUUAGUACAUGUUCCAGAGAAUGAGAGAUAAAUAAAACCUUAUGCCGUUUUUGAUAAUGACAAAACCAAAAAAUUUGAUGACUUUGAUAAAGUUCGAGAAUAAAUUGAUCUUUAUACAGACUAAGUAGCUGGAAAGAAAAAAGGAAUAGUGAAUAUUCCAAUUAUUAUGACUGUAUAUUCGAACGAUGUACUAGAUUUAACAAUUAUAGAUUUACCAGGAAUAACGAGAAUUCCAUUGAAAGAUUCAGAUCAUCCCUAAAAUAUCGAAUAAAUAACAAAAGACAUGGCUAUGACAUAUAUAAAAGAUGAGCGUACAAUAAUUCUAUGUGUUAUUCCAGGAAAUUAAGAUAUUUCAAAUUCAGAUGGUCUUUAAUUAGCUAGAUAAGUAGAUCCAGACGGAAACAGAACAAUUGGUGUAAUAACAAAGUUAGAUAUAAUGGAUAAAGGAACAAAUGCCGAAAGAAUGAUUUUGGGUAUCGAUAUUCCUUUAAAAUUAGGUUUUGUAGGAGUCGUAAAUAGAAGUUAAUAAGAUAUUGAAUAGAAAAAAAGAGUCAAAAAAGCAAUUGAAGAGGAAGAUAAAUUUUUCAAAGAACAUCCUGUGUAUUAAAAAAUGGAUCCUAAACAUCUUGGAACAAAGGCUUUGACUUAAAAACUUUCUAAUGUUCUCUUUAUUCAUAUAAGAAGAUUUUUGCCAACAAUAAUAAAUGAAAUUAAAGAUAAAUUGAAGGAAUGUGAAGAUAGAUUAAGAGAUUUGGGACCUUCUUUACCAGUAGAAUAAAAGGAUAAAAUGUAACUUAUAUGGACCAUGAUCACUGAUUUUACUGAAAAUUUCAAAAACUCAAUUAAAGGAAAAUAUGAUCAAAGAAGAACUGAUAUUCAAUAAGAAUUAUCUGCAGGAGCGGUUAUUAAGAUGAUGUUUAAUGAAUUAUAUGAAGAUUAAAUUUAAAAAGGUUAUUAAGCAACUAAAAAUUAUACUGACAGAGAUAUUUAAAUUGCUAUUUAGUUGCAUUAAGGUGAUUCUAUUCCCGGUUUUCCUUCUAUUGAUGCUUUCUUGUAUUUAAUUAAUCCUUAAUUAGAAAGACUUAAAGAUCCUGCAUUAGAAUGUGUAACUUAAUGUUAUAAUUAUUUAGAAGGAUUAGCUGGAAAGCUUUUGAGAAAAAUAUUUUCUCGUUUUCCUGCAGUCAUGGAUGAAAUUUCUGAAAUUACAAGCAAAGUUUUACAACAGUAAAGGGAUAAAUCAAGGGAAGUUGUAAUUUCUAUUAUAGAAUCUGAACAAGGUUAUUUAUUCACAAGUGAUAUGGGUUAUUUAGGACAUAAAACCAAAUUAGUAUAGACAUAAGUUAAUAAUAAUAACCCUAAUUAAUAAUAAAAUAGAGAAAUAUAGACUUAAAUUGAUUCAGAAAAAACAUUUAUUAACGAAUUAAGAUCAAGAAUUGAUGUUUAUUAUAAUAUUAUAAUUAGAAAUGUUAGAGAUUCUAUUCCUAAAGCAAUUGGAUUUUUCUUAGUUAAAGCUGCUCAAGAAUAAUUAUAAUUCUAAAUAUAUAAUGAAAUUAUGAGAAAUGAAAGUUCUUUAAGUUCAAUAUAGGAACCUUCUAAUAUUGCUGAAGAGAGAGAAAAUAUAAGAUAAACUAUGGAAGUAUUAUAAAAAGCGUAGAGAGUAUUAAAAAGAGAUCCAGAGUUUAAUUAACAAUUAAGAUUGUGA